AUGGCUCCGUUACUGGAAGAGUUCGUGAGAUGGCAGUCAAUGUGCACGGCACCAAAGCCGUCUCGAGUCGCCUACACGAGCAGACUAGGUGUUAAGAAGACGGUACAGCCAGGUGAACACAGGAAGACGACACUAGAGCCACAGACAGAGCCGGCGACCACAAACCACGUGCCAAGAUAUGGAAUGUUCAAGUCUCGGCUCGAUAAACUGAAUCCAGAAGUCCCAGAGAUUGACAAGGCCCAAGCAGACGACGCACUUAUAGCCUUUUUCGCUCUGGUGACCAGUACCCCAACGGCUAGGAUGAAAGAGUUGGUCGAGAAUGGUUUUCAAGGCAGAUUGCCGAGCAAAGGCCUCCAGUGGGAGUCGUGCAAAGCGUUGUGGAAAGACUCGGAGAAAUGGUGGAAAGAGAACGGAAGCUCCUGA